AUGGCAAUAAGCCCAGAAUCAAACUUCGACCUCAAAGCAGAUCCUGGAAGCGCAUCAUUUUCUGAUUCUGGUGUAAGCAGCAGUUUCUCCUUAAAAACUAAUGCGAGUGCCUCUGUCUCAAUCAUUCCCUCCCCUCCUUUAUCUGGAUUUCCUGGAUGCACAGAUUCAAAUGGUUCCCCAUCACUUGAUCAAUCAUAUCUAAAUUUCCCAAAUAAAACGUACCCAGGAUUUUCGGACUGUAGCAAUUUACCUAUGUCUGCUAAUCAUCCAUAUCCUUUGCCGUCCAGACAUUCUUUUCCCCAGGGUUUUUUACCAAGUCCACCGUCAGCCUAUGCUUCAAGUUACACCUCUUCACAUGGUGUUUCAAAUUCAUUCUACCAACGUCAGGUUCCGUCCACCAUUUGUUCAGCUCCUAACAACAACUACGGUCUGUCACAGAUAUUUCCUCAUGAUAUGUUACAAAAUUCCAUGCUUGUCAACAGGGAUCAACACAACGGUUCUGUUGGUUCGUUAGAAAGUCAUUUUUCCCAGCAUCGUGACCAUGGACAGUUCCCAUAUUCAGAUCCGUUCCAUUCUUCUGAUUUACGUCCUCUUCACAUCACUACGUCACCUCGCCAGUUAGGCCCUCACAACAGCCAUACUAAUAUGGGUGAUGUAACUUGUACAGAUUCUCUUGUAAAAAUUUCACCUCGAGAUUCUCCUAACGGCGUGCCCGAUCAUUCUAUUACGCCUUGUGGAACAGUCAGCUCUGGUCCUGGGUCACUGGUUAACUGCAGAUCGUCUAGGACCAUAGAAAGAGGUUCUGAAGUAUCUGCUGCUGAUAGUAAUUCUAACGUUGGAUCCAUAAAGGCAACAUUCACUCCUUGCAAGGGUUUCUUUCGUCGAAGUAUUCAAAAACAAAUUGAAUAUAAAUGUUUAAGAGAUGGAAAAUGUCUUGUAAUACGUUUGAAUCGUAAUCGUUGUCAAUAUUGUCGUUUUCGUAAAUGUCUUGCUGCUGGUAUGUCAAAAGAUAGUGUACGAUAUGGUCGAAUGCCUAGACGAACACGUGGUUCUGACUGUGGAAGAGAUAAUUCAGACCAGCUAAUGUCAAUACCACAUAAUUCAUCUACAAAUUCAAUGAGGAUUGAUUCAACUAUUGGUAAUGGUAGUGGACAUGUUUCCGCUUUUAUUCCACCACCUUCAUGUACAUCAGAAUUAUCAGGUAAUUCGGCAGUAGGGGGAGCGGCGUCGGCGGCAACGACAACAACAACCACAACUACGACUACUGGUCGUUAUGGUGUAUGUAGUAGACCAGGGAAUGAUCAUCUUGGUUUAUAUGAAACUAUACUAACUAUAAGUCAAGCUUAUCAAAAUUUCUCUCCAUAUACCGAUGAAAAGAUUAAAGUUAUGCGAUGCAGACCAAUCACUUUGUCGAAUGUAACACGUGAAUUUUGGCCUGAAAAAGUGGAUGAGCAUCGAUUACGUAUGCAUGAAGAAUUAAGUCAAUUAUUAGCACCAUGUAUACAACAAGUUGUGGAAUUUGCUAAACGUAUCCCUGAAUUUAGUUCACUUGGUCAACCAGAUCAAUUAGUAUUAAUUAAAGCGGCAUUUUUUGAAGUAUGGCUUGUCCAAGCAUCACGUUUAAUAUCAACACAUGAUCGUAAAAUAACAUUGGCUGAUGGGAAACAAAUUACUAAACAAGAAUUAGAUUUUAUAUAUUCACCGAGUGUUGUGUGUUCAAUUUUUUCGUUCUCCGAAAAUUUCAAUUCAUUAGUUCUGAAUGACACCGAAGUUGCUCUUUGUUGUGCUGCUGUCAUCACUAAACCAAAUCGUUAUGGUUUGAUUGAACCGAAUAAAGUAGCCAUUAUGCAAGAUCAUCAUUUAGCUGCUCUACGUAUGCAAUUAGAACGUAAUAGACCAAGAGAGGCUACCUUAAUUGGGCAAGUACGAAAUGUGAUUAAUCAAGUGACCACAGUUGGAGAUGAAGUACAAUUAUGUAUUCGAUGGUAUAGAGAAAAUUGGUAUCGUACACGAUUAGCACCAUUAUAUGCUGAAACAUAUGAUAUUCCACAUGAAGAUACUUCUGCUGCACCCAUAUCCAAUCAUGGUGCAUCAACACCUCUUCCUAAUCCUUCUCAACAUACAGGUAAUUCAUAUCCUAUAUGCCCAAAUAUUUCAUCUGUUUGUCCGCAAGCUAUUCCAUAUGGUGAUGUCACAAAUACAACACCAUUAAAUUAUGGUUCUUCAACAGCAUCUAUUCCACAAGCUGUUCAUCAUCAUUAUCCAAAUCAAUCUAUUAACAGAUCGGAUAUUUCCAAUAUGAUACCAUCUUGUUCAAUUAACGGAAAUAUGAUUUACUGCAAUAAUAAUAACAAUGGAAAUAGAAUUCAAACUGGUAAUAUUGAUCAUUGUUCUUCCGAUGGUCAAAUACACGAUGUUACUCAAAAACAAAACUCACAACAUCAAAUUCAUCAACAAUCACAUUUAAUUCCAGAUUCAUCUCAUAUGAGAGGAUCUUAUCCGUCAACUACAAAUUUAACAUCAAAUUCUGAUUCACCUUUAAAUAAUCAAUCACAUGCAUUUUCUGGACAAUUUAAUUAUCAUGAUAAUUCAAUAACCUAUAAUCCAUCCAAUUCGAAUACAUAUUCAAAUUCCAGAGAUUGUUCUCCUUCUUCUACACAAAUGCUCUCAACAAACUACUUGGUGCCAUCACCCCAACAACAACACCAACGAAGUCAAGUAUCUGUUUUGCAAUCAUCUCAAUACUCGUGUUCUUCAGCAAUAACCUCACCUCAACGUCAAGUCACCUCAUCAGUACAAUCAACAGGAAUGAUAUCGACACAAAAUCAAAAUGAUCAUAUGAAUUUAAAUAAAUCGGUAAUUUCGGUUAAAAACCAUAGUUCACGUUCUAACACUCCUACAUCUUACAAUAAUAAUAUAAUUCAUCCUAGUAGUACAAAUGAAAGUUUGCCACCUUUAUGGACAAAUAUGAAUACUGACAGUAGUAAUAAUAAUAGUAAUAAUGGUCUAAGUGAUCAUGCAAUCAGUUCAAAUGGUGGAACACCAGAAAUCCAACAGCAAUCACAUCAUCAACAAUAUCAUACCUCACCAAUCUCACAAUCAGAUCUAAUGAAUAACACUCCUGACACUAAGCAUAAUUUAAAUGCAUUAUCACCUAUCAAUGAAACCUUAUCAUGUGAACAACAAGAUACAUAGAUCUGGUGAAUUAUUAUAAUUUGAAAUUUCUCCCCGGAAAUUAUGUAAAAUAAAACUUGUCAAUAGAGACUAUCUAAAUUCUCAUCAUUGAUUUACAUACAGAAAGAAAUAAAACAAUUCUUAAGACUUUAUUUUAUAAUCAAUAUACUUGUAUUCAAUCCUCACCUUUGCAAAUUCAAUGCUUAUAAUUCUCAGGGAAUUCUCUAAAAACCAACAAUUUUAUUUUUAAGCAUUACAUAUUAGAAAACCAAAACCAAAAAAACGCAAAUCAUAAUCCAGUCAAUUACUUACAUUUCCAUCAAUUAUACAACAUUACAUUCAAAUAUAUACAUACUUAUGAUGUAUGAUACAUACAUGUGUUUACAUGUCACAGGGAUUAAUUUAUUGUGGUUCACUGUAUUUUUUUUUUUUUUUUUAGUUACAAAUAUUCAUCUCAGGGACUAGAGAUUAAUUAUAUCUUUUAACUUUUUGUUAAAAGUUUUCACAUUUUCUUUUUUUGGAAAUAUCAUUGUCAUCAUUAUUAUCAUGGUUAUCGUUCUAAAUCCUUUAAUCUCUCCGCCCAAACCCUCGUUUCUACCUAUCCAACUCUUCCUAUUACUGCUAAUAUUAUCAGCGAAAUUAUUUAGAGUUUAAAAAAUAAGUAUGUCAAGAUGUGGAACAAUAUUGUAUUAUGUUAAGUAGGCUUGAACUUCUAUUGAACUCUUUGAACUCAUUUAUGACAUUUGUAUUUAACUUAUCUCAGGGCUUAUAACGUUUCAUUAAAUGUUCUACAAAUAUUUUAUGUAGCUAUAUUAUUAUUAUUAUUAUUAUCAAUUUUGUAUUACUCUGGAAAAAAGAAACAAUACCAUCAGGAUAUUAAGAGUAUAUGCAUAUACAUUAUAUAUGCUAUUCUCAUCUCAGGGUUAUUCAAUAUACAACUCAGGUAUUUGUUUGUCUUAUCAUUAUUAUUAUUUCUAUUUCAAACUCUUUUCUUCUAUUCAAUGUUUUCAUAUACUACCUUCAUCAAUUAACUUAUAUUUUUC